AAAGCGUUUCGAAAAAUGCUCCGAUCUAAAAGUAUUUUGCCAUAUUUAAUUCUGUCGUGUUUAAUCCUGCACGUGAAGGGUUUAAAUCUAAACGAUCGAUGCUCGAACCCCGAUGGUGACUCCGGGCGGUGUGUCCACCUGAGAGGGUGUCCACCUCUGAGGGAAAUUUACACCAAACCGGUAGUUACGUACCAGGAAAGUUCAUUCCUAUCGGACAGUCGCUGCGGAAUGGACGGUAGAAUUCCGUUGGUUUGUUGCGUUUCGCCCGACUUGGACACUUCAACGAGUGCACCUGCUGGUGAUACUUGCGGCGUCGAUUACUCGGAACGGAUCUGGGGUGGCAACGAGACGGAUUUGGAUGAGUUUCCUUGGACAGCUUUGAUCCGGUAUCGGAGGACGAAUGGCGUCCUAACCUUCAAUUGUGGUGGAUCUCUAAUCAAUUCCCGGUACGUUAUCACCGCGGCUCAUUGCUUUAACGAGAGGGCAGGAUUCCAAGUUGCUGGGGUUCGACUUGGAGAGCAUACAAUUAGCAAUGAGGGAAAAGACUGCCAAGAGACCGAAUGUGCAGACGUACCCGUUGAUCGGAACAUUGAGAAGAUUACAGUUCACGAAGAUUACGAUGCCAAUUCGAAAAACCAAUUGAAUGACAUUGCCUUGGUUCGGAUGGACCGAGACGUUCCAUCGUCCCACUACAUCCAACCAAUCUGUCUACCAACGCAGGAAUCACUGAAUUCUAGAAAUAUCAUUGGGCAUCGAUUGACCGCUGCCGGCUGGGGACGAACGGAAACUGGUGACCCGAGCGACACCAAGCUAAAGGUGGUUCUUGAAAUAACCGAACCAAACGACUGCAGUACGGUGUACAAACCAGCUGGAAUUGUAAUCAGUGACAGGCAACUUUGCGCCGGUGGUGAGAAAGGCAAAGAUACCUGCACUGGGGACUCGGGUGGACCGUUGAUGCAACGAGUCGGGACACGGUGGGUCCUGUACGGCAUUGUCAGCUUCGGGCCGAAACUGUGUGCCAGGAAGGGUAUUCCCGGAGUGUACACCAAUGUGCCCAAGUACAUCGAUUGGAUUGAGAGCAACAUGGAAGUGUAGAGAUGACCCAGUCUUAAUAUUAUUCUUGUAAUGUUUUUCGGUGCAAUAUGUGGAAUCCAA